AUGACUUGUCAGUUGCUGAUCAGAGACGUUCGAGAUAACCCUAACGACAGAGACAACCCUAACAACAGAGACAACCCUAACCACAGAGACAACACUAACAACAGGGACAACCCUAACAACAGAGAUAACCCUAACAACAAAGACAACCCUAACCACAGAGACAACACUAACAACAGAGACAACCCUAACAACAGAGACAACCCUAACCACAGAGACAACACUAACAACAGAGAUAACCCUAACAACAGAGACAACCCUAACAACAGAGAUAACCCUAACAACAGAGACAACAUUAACAACAGAGACAACCCUAACAACAGAGACAACCCUAACAACAAAGACAACCAUAACAACAGAGAUAACCCUAACAACAGAGACAACCCUAACAACAGAGAAAACCCUAACAACAGAGACAACCCUAACAACACAGAUAACCCUUACAAUAGAGACAACCCUAACAACAGAGACAACCACAACCUUAACAAAAGAGACAACCCUAACAACAGAGACAACACUAACAACAGAGACAACCCUAACAACAGAGACAACCCUAACAACAGAGACAACACUAACAACAGAGAUAACCCUAACAACAGAGACAACCCUAACAACAGAGAUAACCCUAACAACAGAGACAACAUUAACAACAGAGACAACCCUAACAACAGAGACAACCCUAACAACAAAGACAACCAUAACAACAGAGAUAACCCUAACAACAGAGACAACCCUAACAACAGAGAAAACCCUAACAACAGAGACAACCCUAACAACACAGAUAACCCUUACAACAGAGACAACCCUAACAACAGAGACAACAGAAACCCUAACAACAGAGACAACAUUAACAACAGAGACAACCCUAACAACAGAGACAACCCUAACAACAGAGAUAACCCUAACAACAGAGACAACCCUAUAAACAGAGACAACCAUAACAACAGAGACAACACUCUCAACAGAGACAAUCCUAACAACAGAGACAACCCUAACAACAGAGACAACCGUAACACCAGAGACAACCCUAACAACAGAGAUAACCCUAACAACAGAGAUAACCAUAACAACAGAGACAACCCUUACAACAGAGACAACUCUAAGAACAGAGACAACCCUAACAACGGAGAUAACCAUAACAACAGAGACAACACUCGCAACAGAGACAAUCCUAACAACAGAGACAACCCUCACAAUAGAGACAACCCUAACAACAGAGAUAACCCUAACAACAGAGACAACACUAACAACAGAGAUAACCCUAACAACAGAGAUAACCAUAACAACAGAGACAACCCUCUCAACAGAGCCAAUCCUAACAACAGAGCCAACCCUAACAACAGAGAUAACCACAACAACAGAGACAACCAUAACAGCAGAGACAACCUUAACGACAGAGACAACCCUAACAACAGAGCCAACCCUAACAACAGAGAUAACCUUUACAACAACGGAGACAACCCUAACUACAGAGACAACCUUAACAGCAGAGACAACCUUAACAACAGAGACAACCCCAACAACAGAGACAACCCUAACCAUAGAGACAACCCUAACAACAGAGAAAACCCUAACAACAGAGAUAACCUUUACAACAGAGGCAACCCUAACUACAGAGAUAAAAUAACAACAGAGACAACCCUAACCAUAGAGACAACCCUAACAACAGAGAUAACCCUAACAACAGAGAUAACCUUUACAACAGAGGCAACCCUAACUACAGAGAUAAAAUAA